AUGCUCACCGCAGGAACCGUCAACAUGAAGUUCACAACCACCGUCCUCCUCACCCUCGCCACCAACCUCUCACCCAUCCUCGCCGGAAUGGCCCCCACCGCCGCCGAAGAAUGCGGCGACCUUGGCGUGAUGUCCUAUACAGCCUCCUCUCUCGACAGCAACGUGGACCCCACCAACAUCCGCAAGUGCAGAGAACACCCCCUGAUCCUCAAAUCCGGCUCAUCCCCGAACCUGCAGGCCCGCGAGUGCUGGUUCGGCGACGAGUACGGCUGCAGCAAGGGGUACUGCUGA